UUUUUGGUGGUCGUCUUGGAAGUCAGAGGUUGGGGGACUUUUGGGUUUUGGAUACUGACAUAUGGCAAUGGUCUGAACUAACUGGAUUUGGAGACUUGCCAUCUCCUCGGGAUUUUGCAGCAGCUUCAGCUGUUGGAAACCGAAAAAUUAUUAUGUAUGGUGGAUGGGACGGAAAGAAAUGGCUAUCUGAUGUUUAUGUCUUGGACACUAUUUCGCUUGAAUGGAUGGAGCUAUCAGUUUCUGGAACAUUGCCACAGCCCCAGAUUGGGCCAUACCUGCCACUAUGGGUUGAAAAAACGAUUGCUUGUAUACGGUGGAAGAGGAGGAGGCGGACCAAUUAUGGGUGAUUUAUGGGCUUUGAAGGGUCUAAUUGAAGAAGAGAAUGAAGCACCUGGAUGGACUCAAUUAAAGCUUCCAGGUCAAGCACCUUCUCCCCGAUGUGGCCAUACAGUUACGUCUGGAGGACAUUAUUUGUUGAUGUUUGGAGGACAUGGGACUGGUGGAUGGUUGAGUCGUUAUGAUAUCUAUUACAAUGACUGCAUUAUAUUAGACAGAGUUUCAGCACAGUGGAAACGGCUCUCCAUAGGCAGUGAACCCCCUCCUGCUAGAGCGUACCACUCUAUGUCAGUUGUUGGAUCACGGUAUUUGCUAAUUGGUGGUUUUGAUGGGAAAACGACUUAUGGUGAUCCAUGGUGGUUAGUCCCUCAAGAGGAUCCAAUUGCAAAUAGAUUAACUGCAUCUCCACCCAGAAAUAUUCCUGAAAGUAAGGAAUUUGCUUUCAACGAUGAUUUUCAACCUCAACUAAAGGUAUUGGUUAAUCUUGUUUUGUUUGCAGACAUCUCACUUUGCGAUCCAUCCCAUAUUUGUCUUAACUAG